AUGUUCAACAUUUUCAUAAAUGAUCUGGAUGAUGGGAUUGAAAGCACCUUCACCAAGUUUGCUGAUAACACCAAAAUGAGUGGUGAGGUGGACAUUCGAACAACUUAUCCUUACACGGAAACCCAGAUGUAUAGCCAAAACACUGGGGGAAAUUACUUCGAUACUCAAGGAAGUUCUGCACAGGCGACAACAGUGGUCUCCUCUCAUAGUAUGGUGGGCACCGGAGGGAUUCAGAUGGGUGUUGCUGGAGGACAGCUCAUUAGCAGCUCAGGAGGGACCUAUCUGAUUGGCAAUUCAAUGGAAAAUUCUGAUCAUUCAGUGACUCAUACAACGCGGGCCUCCCCAGCUACAAUUGAAAUGGCGAUUGAGACACUGCAAAAGUCUGAUGGUCUUUCUACUCACAGAAGCUCUCUUCUCAACAGCCAUCUCCAAUGGCUUUUAGACAACUAUGAAACUGCGGAAGGAGUGAGUCUCCCCAGAAGUACCCUUUACAACCAUUACUUACGUCAUUGUCAGGAGCACAAGUUAGAUCCAGUCAAUGCUGCCUCCUUUGGAAAACUCAUACGGUCAAUCUUCAUGGGAUUACGGACCAGAAGACUGGGAACCAGGGGGAACUCCAAAUACCAUUAUUAUGGGAUUCGUGUCAAACCAGAUUCUCCCCUUAAUCGGCUACAAGAGGACAUGCAAUAUAUGGCUAUGAGACAGCAACCCAUGCAGCAGAAACAGAGGUACAAGCCUGUGCAGAAAGUGGAUGGAGUUGCAGAUGGUUUCACAGGAAGUGGUCAACAGACAGGCACAUCUGCUGAACAAACUAUAAUUGCCCAAAGUCAACAUCAUCAACAGUUUUUAGAUGCAUCUCGAGUACUUCCAGAGUUUGGAGAAGUUGAAAUAUCUUCUCUGCCAGAUGGUACUACCCUUGAGGACAUAAAAUCACUGCAAAGUCUUUAUCGAGAGCACUGUGAGGCAAUAGUGGAUGUUGUUGUGAAUCUUCAGUUUAGCCUGAUAGAAAAAUUGUGGCAAACUUUCUGGCGCUAUUCUCCCUCUGCUCCAGCUGACGACACAGCUAUUAUUGAACUGAGCAAUCUGAGUGAAAUAGAAAGUCGACUUCCAAAAGGAAAAUUGAUUACUCUGUGCAAAAAUGAGUCUAUUCUGAAAUGGAUGGGUAAUUGUGACCAUGUGAUGUACCAGGCUUUGGUGGAGAUUCUCAUUCCUGAUGUCCUUAGACCUAUUCCUAGUGCCUUGACCCAAGCCAUUCGCAAUUUUGCAAAAAGCCUUGAAGGUUGGCUUUCCAGUGCCAUGAACAAUAUUCCACAGAGAAUGAUACAAACCAAGGUUGCUGCUGUAAGUGCCUUUGCCCAGACUUUGAGAAGAUACACAUCUCUUAAUCACCUGGCUCAGGCAGCUCGAGCUGUGCUUCAGAACACUUCUCAGAUCAACCAGAUGCUCAGUGAUCUCAACCGUGUUGAUUUUGCCAAUGUACAG